AUGCACAACAGGGCAGAUGUGCCAGUGUGGGGCUCCUCCAGCGAUGAAGGCCGGCGAGCUAGAUCCACACACUUACCCGGCCCCCGCACUGGCAAAGAGAGCACGCACUGGAGAAAUUGGUUACUCCCUGAGCACAUGAGAAGUAUGCGACCAGUAGAGAGGUACAAGAGGAAUUACCGACAGUUCACUUGGAACAAUAGGAUAGCUUAUGGUGCACCUGUUUUAACUGGGAGGCGAGAUACUGGGAAAGAUGAAUGUAGUUAUUACUCAGUUAUUGCUGCUUUGGAGUCAAAUCUGCGAAUUCAACAAAGUUUUGUGGACAAUUUGUCCAUAAAGUAUUUGAAGCAGAAGCAUGUGAAGGUUAUUCAGACUAAUGGUGCAUUGAGGAGAUUGGGAAGAGUGGAGCAGCUGUUAAACAUGUUGAAGGAUAUAGGAGUUCCGUCAGAGCAUAUUUAUAACUUAAACCUCAAGGUGUACAUGAAUUGGAAGAUGAGAAGGAAGGAGAGGAUGAGAGAAGUAGGAUUAGUCAUGCAGUGUGCGUAG